GAGGGCUGGGAAGAUGGCUGCAGCAGCAGCGGAGGGCGGCUGGCAGCUCGGCGGAGCAGCAGGUGUAGCCGCCGCCGCCAGAAGGCGCGCAGCGGAGAAGCAGGAAGAGGACGACGCCGCGGAGGCCCGCCAGGGGCGCUCUGGCCGCCCGCCCCGCGCUGCUGCGGAGGCGCCGCGCCCGGGACUGAGCCGAGUCUCGCCUCGCCUUGCCGGAGCCUCCGCGGGCUCCUGCCGCUGGGCGCAGUCUCCUGCUCCUGCUCCUCCUGCGCGCUUCCCUGUCGGCUCUUCCCGGCCAGCAGCACCAUGAGCAGCUCGGAAGAGGCGAGGAAGGAGAAGCUGCUGUGGGAUGUCAAGAAGCAGGUGAAACAGAUCAUGGAAGAGGCUGUCACCAGGAAGUUUGUGCAUGAGGACAGCAGCCACAUUAUUGCCUUAUGCGGGGUGGUGGAAGCCUGUCUCCUCCAUAUGCUCAAGCGGAGGGCAGCUGGCUUCCUGAGGACCGACAAGAUUGCUGCCCUCUUCACCAAGGUGGGCAAGACCUACGAUGUGGCCAGCGACAUCUGCAGGAAGGCCCAGGAUCUGAUGCAGCAGGCGGAAGGCAGGAAAUGCCAGCCGGCCGGCCAGGAAUCCCUCAAGAGGCAAAGUUCCACCCCCGGCAAAGCACCCACCCUGACCCCACAAGCCAUCAAGCAUAUUUGGGUGCGCACCGCUUUGAUUGAAAGAGUGUUGGAUAAGAUCGUGCAGUACCUGGCCGACAACUGCAGCAAAUAUUACGAGAGAGAAGCUCUGCUUGCUGAUCCAGUCUGUGGGCCCAUCCUGGCAUGUCUCCUGGUUGGCCCCUGUGCACUGGAGUACACCAAGCUGAAGACGGCUGAUCAUUUCUGGACAGACCCCUCGGCGGAUGAGUUAAUGCAAAGGCAUCGGAUUCAUGGAGCUCACGGCCGGCAGGACUCUCCAUCCAAGCGGCCGGCGCUAGGGAUCCGGAAACCGCAUUCAAGCGGGAGCAUGUCGGAGGACCGCUUUGCCGCCUCCGCCAGAGAUUAUGUGGAGUCCUUGCACCAGAAUUCGAGGACGCACCUGCUUUACGGGAAGAACAACGUUCUGGUUCAGCCUAAAGACGACACGGAGGCCAUUCCGGGCUACCUUUCGCUCCACCAGUCUGCCGAUUCGUUGACUUUAAAGUGGACGCCGAAUCAGCUCAUGAACGGAACCCUGGGCGAUUCGGAGCUCGAGAAAAGCAUCUACUGGGACUAUGCCUUAAUUGUGCCCUUCAGUCAGAUCGUCUGCAUCCACUGCCAUCAGCAACCAGAACGAGGGGGAACCUUGGUGCUGGUGAGCCAGGAUGGGAUCCAACGGCCGCCCCUCCAUUUCCCCCCUGGCGGGCAUCUCCUUGCUUUCCUCUCUUGCCUCGAGAAUGGCCUUCUGCCUCGUGGACAGCUGGAGCCCCCAUUGCGGUCCCAACAAGGAAAGGGCAAAGUCUUUCCCAAACUACGGAAACGCAACAGCCACAACAGGUCUGUGGAUCUGGACGAAAUGCCGGUUGCAAUGGAGACCGCCACGGAUUACGUCUUCAGGAUCAUUUACCCUGGCCACAGACAUGACAACAUAACUAUUAACUACCACCACUUAGCUGCCAGCCGGUCGGCCUCCGUCGACGAUGACGAGGAUGAGGAAGAUAAGCUGCACGCAAUGCUAUCCAUGAUCUGCUCUUGGAACCUCACAGAUCCUAAGAGGAUGAAAGAUAUUGGUGACAUGGCGGAGAUGCCCGGAUUCAGCGCCAGCCUGCUGUCAUGGCAGCUGGACCCCUGCAGUCAAGGCUCCUCCUGUCUGUCGUGUUCCACAGGCAGCUCCCCGUAUGACCUCCCGAGUUGCUGCAACUGCAUCCAUGACAGGACUUCUCUCAAAAUGCUGUGCGAAAGUAUGAAGAGGCAGAUCGUUUCCCGAGCCUUCUAUGGAUGGCUUGCCUACUGCCGCCACUUGUCCACUGUCCGUACACACUUGUCUGCUCUCGUGAACCACACCAUCAUCCCGCCAGACAAACCCUCAAGCGCCAUGGGAGGGCUGACGAAAGAGGUGUGGAACAAAUAUCAGAAGGACAAGAAGAAUUACAAGGAGUUAGAACUGCUCCGGCGGGUGUAUUACGGCGGCGUGCAGCACGAAAUCCGCAAAGAGGUCUGGCCGUUCUUGCUGGGCCACUACAAGUUCGGCAUGGCGAAGAAGGAGAUGGGCCGGGUGGAUGAGGAAAUUGCCCUCCGAUAUCAGAAGGUGAUGGCGGAGUGGAAGGCCUGUGAGGUCAUUGUGAAGCUCCGGGAGAAAGAGUCCCAAACAGUCACCAAGUUCUCCUCUGGCAGCAGCAUCGACAGCCACGUCCAGCGGUUGAUUCACAGGGACUCCACCAUCAGCAAUGAUGUGUUUAUAUCUGUAGACGAAAUGGACUCUGUAGACCGAGACCCGAAAGCGCCGGAAGACCCCUCGCUGACCGCCACGAGUGCCGACGCUCCGACGGUUCUGGUGGCCGUGGGGCAGCAGCAGUCGGUCGAAUUCGACUCCCCGGACUCUGGACUCCCUUCCUCUCGGAAUUACUCCGUCACCUCCGGAAUCCUCUCCAGCAUUGACGAUGGGCAGAGCGUCUGCUUCGAGGAUGCCGCUGAGGAAGAAACCGGCGUCGACCCACAGAGGGCUGAUCACCCCACGAAAACCAAGGACUUGGGACGCCAGGACUCGGUGACAGCGGAGUCCCCCCCUUCUCAGCCGGGUUAUCAAGCCCCCGCGGAGGAAAGCCUGUCUGUGUGUUCUGCUGCGUACACGAUAGAAAUGUUGGACACUGUUGCCUUAAACUUGCACAGAAUUGAUAAAGACGUCCAGAGGUGUGACCGAAACUACUGGUAUUUCACCGAUGAGAACCUGGAGAAACUUCGGAACAUUAUGUGCAGUUACGUGUGGGAACAUUUAGAUGUCGGCUACGUUCAAGGAAUGUGUGAUCUCCUCGCACCACUCCUGGUGAUCUUAGACAAAGAUGAGCUGGCUUAUAGCUGCUUCACCCACCUAAUGAAGAGGAUGAGUCAGAAUUUCCCCAACGGGGGAGCCAUGGACAUGCAUUUUGCAAAUAUGCGGUCCCUCAUUCAGAUUCUAGAUUCUGAGCUCUUUGAACUGAUGCACCAGAACGGGGAUUACACCCACUUCUACUUCUGCUAUCGCUGGUUCCUCCUGGAUUUUAAAAGAGAAUUAUUGUACGAGGAUGUAUUUACAGUGUGGGAAGUUAUUUGGGCAGCAAAGUACAUCUCUUCCGAACAUUUUGUCCUUUUCAUUGCCUUAGCGCUGGUGGAAGUCUACCGGGAGAUUAUCCGCGAUAACAACAUGGAUUUCACUGAUAUCAUCAAGUUUUUUAAUGAAAUGGCUGAGCACCACAAUGCCCCAGAGAUCCUGAGGAUCGCCAGGGACCUGGUGUUCAAAGUGCAGACGCUGAUUGAGAACAAGUGAGUGCCGAUGCUGCAGAAUGGACGGAACAAGAAGCGUGUGGCCGGAACCUUUCUUGGACCCUGGAUGGACAUGUGGGCAGGGGUGUCAAAGCAUCUUUUGCACUGUCACUUAAGUGCAUCCUAGUUACAUCUUCUAACUUUGAAACACAAGUCAACAGAUUUUCCCCCACCAGUUGAAGGUGAGCUGCGUUGAGAGAGUGAGUCCUCUUCUGAUUUUGUAUUUCAGGGUUCGAAAUACUUUCUUCUUUUCUGUCCCCUGACCCCAGCCUCAUCUUUUGCAUUUCUUAGUCUAGGAAUUCCCUCCUGGCCUGGGACAGUCGACAGGUAGCAUGGGAGGAAAGGCAUAACUGUCUCUCCCUUUUUUUGGCCUAUCCUCCUGCUGUCCUUUUGCAAAGUCUUAUUUAUUUUAUGCCAUCUCCCCUCCGCCCAAAUAUGGGUGUGGCUGUCGAAAGCAUCAUGUUCAGAAGGGGCAGUGCUGACUACCAAGGUCUUGCUGAGCAAAACAUCCCCUGAAUGCUAGCAGCUCUGAAGCCGGUUAGGGUGAACAGGAGAUGGAAGAAGGUUGGUAGAAUCGGUGCCCUAAACAUGCUUCCUUCUCAUCCUUUUGAUUACUGGGAGAGAUUGUGUAGUGAGCUCUAGUGGUUUGCCACCCGUUCCAAGGACACCCAGAAAAUCGGCACUUGUCGAAAAACAACAAAUAUUUAUAUAUCGCUUUCCAACAAAAGUUUCCAAAGCGGUUUAAUGAAUAAAUAAAUAAAAAUUCCAGAGCAGAAAUAAUAAAUAAAGGAGGUGGCUCCGUGUCCCCAAAGGGUCCACUAACAGUGAAAGAUCAGAGAAAUAGAGGGAAGGGGAAGAUGGAGAGAAACUCCAAAACUUUUCUGCACAAUAAUGAGGGCUAGCAUCUUGAUUUUUUUUAAAUGCAGGAGUCCAAAGGACUGCUGAAUUCCAUGGGUGAAUGGGAUAGACAUUCCUGAUUCUGCAAGAGAGAGUGUCUGUAUGGCCUCUCUGAGGGUUUCUCAGCCUUUAACCCAAGAGUUCUUGAACCUAGAUCCCCAGAUGAUGUUCGACUACAACUCCCUUCAUCCCCAGCCACAGUGGCCUUUGGCUGGGGAUGAUGGGAGUUGUAGUCCAACAUCAUUUGGGGACCCCAGUUUGAGAAUCUCUGCUUUUAGCACAUGGUUUGGAACACAAGAAUGGCGAGAUUGGGAAAGCAAAAAAUCUGCAGUGCGGCAUGCUUGCUGUCUCUUAGCCCUGUUGUUCAUCUCUGUGCGUGUGUGUGUGUAUGUGUGUGUGUGUGCCAAAUAAGUGUAUUGACAAAUGCAUGGUUCUGCUGGAUGGUCUCAUGGAGAGAAAGAUGCUUGCAGACGUAUUUUUGUUUCACUGGAAAGUGAAGUCUGUAUCACCUAAUCCUCAGCUGGCUUUGCCCAUAAGGAUUAAGGUUUUUUUGUUUUCUUUUCUAAAAAAGAAACACUGCACUACAUUUUGGGAGAAUGUAUUAUAUGACAUUUUACUAUACAAAAAACUAUAUAACUGUGCAAACUUUGUUGUACCUGUUAUUAUAAUGUUCUGCAGAUUUGGUAUUUUAUUAAUAUUGUGUACUGCCUUAUUUAUUUUGUCAGGAGUGGAAUAUAUUUCUUUAUGGCUCAAGAGUCUAUCUUUUAAGUGCAACCUAUGGAUAUAAAUACAUAUUGUCACAGCUUUU